UUCUGUGUCUGACCAGGACACACAUGGUUACUCUGCAGUCUGAGCUGAAGAAUAGUCAUCUUCUACUCCUAGCUGAGAGAAAAUGGGUGUAGAUUUGUUGUGGCUACAAAACUCACCGAGACUUGAUCAACGCCGUGGCUCAUCUUCUUUUUGCUCGGAGAGAUCGAAUAUGCAGCGCUUCUUCUCCUCGUCCCUCAUCCUCCUCAUUUGGUUUCUUCCCCAUGAAACCAGCUACUCCGCCGCCGCCGCAGCUUCCGGUUGGUGCCAACGCCGGUGCGGCAGCGCCAUCGUCCCCUACCCUUUCGGCUUCUCCGCCGGCUGCCCCAUCGUUCUAUCCUGCGACGUCAACACCUCUACGCCGAUCAUCCCAUCCAGAGGAGGAGACAACGGCACCUCGUACCGCGUCUUCGGCUUCAACUCCACCGCCUCCACUUUCGUCCUUGCCCUCCCGUCGUCGUGCAGCCGGAGCGUCCCCGACGGCAGAAGAACGCUCUCCGGGGCCAACUACGGCGUCACGUCCCGCACCGGCCUGUUCCUCCGUGGCGGGUGCCGCGAGACCAGCUCGACCUCCUGCGCCGUGCCACCGGCCGUCAUGUCCAGCAUGCUGCGCACGGCGCAGUGCGGCGACAACGAGACGGCGUUGGCCGCUGGCGCCGUGGUGUGCGUCGCUUCCAAAUCGCCGAACGCCACGUCCGCGGGCGUUUUCCUGCAGUGGGAUAAGGCGGAUAAUACAACAUGUGACAACAUGCUGAGCUCCGCGUUGUUCUGGGAAACGGCGGAGGGGACAGCGUCGCUGGAGUUCGGCUUGGCGGAGCUUGGCUGGUGGCUCAACGGGACGUGCGCCGGCGGCAGCGAGCGAUGCGCGGCGGACGCGACGUGCUCCAACGUGGCAACGCCGAGCGGGACGGAGGGUCACCGGUGCGCGUGCGUCGCGGGGAUGGGCGGCGACGGCUUCUCCGCUGGCGAGGGAUGUGGUGGUCCCUCAAGCUGGAUGCGCCAGAAACUACCCCUGCUUGCUGGCGUGUGUGGCGCGUUUCUGCUUUCGCUCGGCAUCUCGGCCCUCUUCAUCAUCCACCGGCGAAAAAGACACAAUGGUAUGACGAACACAAUCAAACAACGGCCCACAAAGGUAGUGACACUCUUCCGCGGAGAACACGUGGAGGACGAGCUAGAGCAAGGAGCCGGCGCCCCCCGGCGAUUUUCCUCUCUUUCCUACGAUGAGCUCGCCGCUGCAACUAACAACUUCUCCGAAGACAGGGCGCUCGGGAGAGGAGGUUUCGGAUCCGUGUACCAAGGACUCCUGAGCGACAUGAACCGAGAAGUGGCCGUCAAGAGGGUAUCCGAGACCUCUCGACAGGGCUGGAAGGAGUUCGUCUCCGAGGUGAGCAUCAUUAGUCGGCUCAGGCAUCGGAACCUCGUGCAGCUCAUCGGCUGGUGCCACGGCGGCGACGAGCUGCUCCUGGUUUAUGAGUUGAUGCAUAAUGCUAGCCUCGACACUCAUUUGUACAAACCAGACUGCGUGCUGGCAUGGUCAGUUAGGUAUGAGAUCGUGCUCGGUGUAGGUUCAGCACUUCUAUAUUUACACCAGGAGACGGAGCAACGCGUGGUUCACAGAGACAUCAAGCCAAGCAACAUCAUGCUAGACUCCUCGUUCACCGCCAAGCUUGGCGACUUUGGUCUCGCGAGACUUAUCAACGACGGCAGAAGAUCUUACACGACUGGCUUGGCCGGCACAUUGGGGUACUUCGAUCCAGAGAGCAUGCUGUCCGGCAGGGCGAGCGUGGAGUCAGACGUCUACAGCUUUGGGGUCCUCCUCCUCGAGGCCGCCUGCGGGCGGCGCCCUGCCGUGGUCCAUGAAAAUGGUGAUAUCGUCCACCUGGUUCAAUGGGUGUGGGAAUUGUAUGGCGGUGGAGGGGUUCUUGUUGCCGCCGACGAGCGGCUUAGGGGCGAGUACGACGGUAAGGAGAUGGAGCAAGUGAUGGUCGUCGGGCUCUGGUGCGCGCACCCCGAUCGCGGCAUGAGGCCGUCCAUCAGGCAAGCUGUGAACGUGUUGCGAUUCGAAGCACCAUUGCCGAGCCUGCCGGCGAGGAUGCCUGUGGCAACCUACGGGCCGCCCACAAACCCUUUGAGUUUUGGGACGCUGGUCUUAAGCAGUGCCGACGGCCGGUGACGACGAUCUCAUUGGAACACACGGACCACCCAGGACAUCGCUCACUGAUUAAAUUCAGAGCGAUAACUUCUGUAACCAUCCUCAAUCU